GUUCCUGGAGACGUUCCGGCGAGUGCAGGAGAAUGGUGAGCGAGAAGACCGCCUGUACUAUGUGGAGCAAGCCAAGGGCAUGGUGCGCGAGAAGAAAACGACAUUGUAUGUGGAAGCCAGCCACAUUGCUCAAGCUGAUCCGGACGUGAUUAAUUUCGACCCCCUCGACCUGGCACAGGUGAUCCAGACGAGGUACAUGAUCGUGCGCGAUGCUAUCAACGCAGCUGUUCCUCAGCUCCUGGCGAACAUGGACGACCAAGAUGUUCAAGCCGAGGUAGCGAAGGUGGAUGAGCUCAAGUACGUCGUGGCCUUCUGCGACAGCGGAACUGACCAAUUCACUGGAAUCCGGGACCUCCGCACCGAGACUCUAGGAAGGCUGGUGACCAUCUGCGGCACCGUCACUCGCACCACUGAUAUCAAGCCCGAGCUGCUGGUCGCUUCGUGGCAGUGCGGCGAGUGCAAGCGAGAGGUCAGUGGAAUCAAGCAGGAGUUCAAGGUCACGAUGCCAGCGCUGUGUCCGACCAAGCACUGCGGAAAUCAAACGAAUUGGAAGCUCUUGCCGUACUCCCGCUCGACGCGAUGGGGGGAGUGGCAGCGCAUUCGGCUACAGGAGAACGAGAACGAAAUCCCUGCAGGCUCGAUGCCCCUGACCAUGGACGUGAUUGUUCGGGACGAAUGCACGGAGAUGUGCAAGGCCGGCGACAAGCUGAAAGUCACAGGCUCCCUCAUUGUUGUACCCGACGUGCCCACGCUGAUGAGCCCCUCUGAGCUGAAGUCUUCAGUGCGCAAAUCGCUGAACACUCGCUCCGACCAGACCUACGGCGGCGGCGACGGA